AUGGCCGAGCUCAAGAACCAAUACACUCCCGCCGAGGAGGAGAAGCUGCUAGGUGACAGGUCCGAGCCGAUACCUCACAAAUCAUCCUCUCCCACAUGGGGAAGAAGACGCAUCAUAGCUCUCACCGUAGCUUUCCUCGGCUCUGCCGCACUGGCAGUUCACCAUUUGACUCAUGGGUAUGAACAUCCCUCUGGGCAUAGACAUGGGCAUGGGGUACACAGGGAAAAUCCUGACCAGCCAUUGGUUGCGUCUAAUAGGUCGAGAAAACAUCAUGUGCGCAGUUCCCACGCCUGCAACACCGUCGACGGCGGCUACAAUUGUUUCUCCGAUAUCUCCCACCUCUGGGGCCAGUACUCUCCUUACUUCUCAUUGGAAGACGAAAGUAGUAUCUCUGGGGAUGUUCCACAGCAAUGCGAUGUCACCUUCGUGCAGGUACUAUCCCGCCACGGCGCACGGUACCCCACCGCAUCCAAGGGCAAGCAGUAUGCUGCGCUCAUCGAGGCCAUUCAAACCAAUGCCACCGCAUACAAGGACGGUACAUCUUUCCUACGCUCCUACAACUACACCCUCGGCACCGAUGACCUGACCACCUUCGGCGAGAACGAGAUGGUUGACUCGGGAAUCAAGUUCUACGAGCGCUACGAGGCUCUCACGCGUGACAACAUCCCCUUCAUCCGUUCCUCUGACUCCUCGCGCGUCGUCGAGUCCGGACAGCUCUUUAUCCAGGGAUUCCAGGACACAAAACAGCAAGACAAGAAGGCGCUGCACUCCCAAGCCUCGCCCACCAUCAACGUCGUCAUCUCCGAAGACACAGGCUCAAACAACACCCUCAACCACAACACCUGUCCCGUAUUUGAGGCCAGCACCAUCGGCGACGACGUCUCAGACAACUACACCGCGAUUUUCACUCCGUCCAUCGCCGCGCGUCUGGAAUCCUCAAUGCCCGGCACCAUCCUCUCCGGUGACGACGUGACCUACCUCAUGGACAUGUGCUCGUACGACACCAUCUCCGACACAGCAGACGCAAGCACGAAGUCCUCCUUCUGCGCCCUCUUUACCGACGCCGAGUGGGCCGAAUACAACUACUAUCAGUCCCUGACCAAAUACUACGGCUACGGUGCCGGAAACCCGCUCGGCCCGACGCAGGGUGUUGGAUUCGUCAACGAGCUCAUUGCGCGCAUGACGCAGACCCCCGUGCGCGACCACACUUCCACCAACCACACGCUUGACAACGGGCCCGGCGCUGCGACGACCUUCCCGUUGAACCGGACGCUGUAUGCAGACUUCACGCAUGACAAUGGCAUGAUUCCCAUUUUCUUUGCCAUGGGUCUUUACAAUGCCACGGAGCCUUUGCCGCCUACUCAUAUCGAGUCUACCAAGGGUGCGGAUGGAUUUUCUGCUGCGUGGACUGUGCCGUUUGCGGCGCGCGCGUACAUUGAGGUCAUGGAGUGUGCUGCUGAGAAGGAGCCGCUGGUGCGGGUCUUGGUGAAUGAUCGGGUUGUUCCCUUGCAGGGAUGUGAUGUUGAUGCAUUGGGACGUUGCAAGAAGGGCGAUUUCAUUGAUGGGUUGAGCUUCGCGAGGGAGGGUGGUGAUUGGGCCAGUUGUUAUUAG